AUGUCCGACCAAGCCAGGAUUGCCAAGGAUUAUAUGGAUCGUAGCGAUAAAGUAUUCGAUCUACCUGUGGCACCGCUCACGGAAGUCUGGGAUAUUCUGAAAUCAUCGGAGAAAGCCUACGUCGAAGAUCUCUUCCAAGGCCAAUCACGCCAGGAUGUCGCUUUGGCGCGUGAUUGGAAGGUCCUCUAUUUUAUGAGCCAUGUGCCCUACGACGACAUCCUAUCCACGCACGGGGCACACCACCGCCUACACGGUGACCUCCAAAACGGAAAGCCAUUCCCUAGAGCUGAACUGUUGAACUCGACCGAUUACACUGUCGAUCAGUUCAUGGAACAGGAAGUGAAUGGGAGGUAUAAGCUCAACUUGGUGACCUCCCAUUGA